CAAGCGGAAAGCCAAUGACGUUUUGCGCAUGCUCAGGUUGAGCCAGAGAGCUGCAAGGAAAAAGUACAAGAGACAAAGGAAUAAACAACUCAAGGAGUGGACGCGAAAACGCCAAGUUAGAGGAACGAAAGCAGCCGAGCCUGUAACAUAUCGUAUACAGACAGGUUAUCUCUGCGGUUCUCACGGUGGUCUACUAUGGCAAUUGCCAGGGUCCUGCACUGCUGACCCAUUUAGUCCCAGUCAGCUGUACAAGUCAUGCUGUAAGUCUUUUCCACCCUGAGGUCGGCCAAAAUGGAAAGAACUGCUCUGCCCUAGUGGUUACUAUGGUGCUUGGCAAGUCUUUGUGCAAUAACAACAUGAAGAGCACAGAAAGAGGACACAAUCGAAUCUGCUUCUGAGAAGAUCCAUCGGUUUCCACUUGUGUUUUUGUUCUUUUCACUGAUUCACUGCAAGGUGCGCUUGGCUCGCCUUUCACUCCAGUAGCUACCUCCCCUCCCCUUGCCACUCAUCCCAAGCAGCUGAGAGGUUGCUGUGGAGAUGAUAGUGGUGACAUAGCAGCAGGAAUGGGGAGUACUCCAUGUUCUGGUAAGGGGAGGGGGGUCGGGGGGUUUCAGGAGCUGGGCUGUAUGCCAUGGAAGGUCAGCAAGCAGAAAGGAGAAGCCAUCGGUGGACGCGGGUCCGAGCUAGAGGAUAGGCUGAAUGCUGGAACGCCCCCCACCUCUUCACAACCUCCCACCAUUUAUCAUGAAAAGCAGCAUCGGGAGCUGUGCGCUCUGCACGCCCUAAACAAUGUCUUCCAGGACGGAGCGGCCUUCAGCCGUGAUGCACUUCAGGACAUCUACCAGAGGCUCUCCCCUAGCACUUUGGUAACGCCCCACAAGAAAAACAUGCUGGGAAAUGGCAACUAUGAUGUGAACGUCAUCAUGGCUGCAUUGCAGACGCGUGGGUUUGAGGCUGUUUGGUGGGACAAGAGAAGGGGCACAUGA